CGCUAUGAAAUGUUUCGAAGAUCAGCUUUCCCCAAGGCAGCGAUAAAAAGGGUUAUGCAGACUAUCACUGGUUGUUCUGUGUCACAGAAUGUGGUUAUUGCAAUGUCUGGUAUUGCAAAGGUCUUCGUUGGAGAGGUUUUAGAGGAAGCAUUAGAUGUCAUGGAAACUGAAGGUGAAUCUGGCCCUGUACAACCCAAGCACCUACGAGAAGCUGUACGUAGGAUAAGACGUCGUCCAGGGCAGCACAUUCCAACCAUGAAACAGCAAAGGCCACUGUUCAGAAUAUGAGAGUCAAAAAGACAUUGUUAUGUGAAGAACACAAAGAGAAAUAUACCAGAAAAGGAUAUAUACGGUUUUGAGCUGAGUGGUCUGUUUCCAGAUAUAUUAACAAAAGUAAAUGUUCAGUUAAGAUAUUGAUCUUGAAAUACUAUGAGGGAAUAUGUGUUUGUAAUUUUUAAAGUCAUAAUGUUUAUAGGUAAUGUGAAAAGUGUCAAUGAAAUGACAUUUAAUUAAGCAAUAACCUUAUUUCAAUAUAAGGAAAUAUGGCUGAAAACAAGAAUGAUGCAUAAGAAAUAAAUGUGUACAAAUGAUUAGGGGUACUUUGAACUUCUUUAUAAGAUCAUUUAUUGAAAUGAAAUAAAAAAAUAUUGCCAGG